AUGUCACACUAAAUACAUAGUGUUUAUGUGUCAGUACACAAAACUAUUAUGAAUUUCCAUGCGAAACUCCGUCAUGCGUCUAUCAUAUUUCUAAAACAUGAAUCGUUGUGGGGUAAACAUAAGUAUCAUUAUUCUGAGAGAUAUCUACCAUUCCGGUACCGCUUACAGUAAAGUUCAGUAUUAAAGACUGACCGAAGUAACUACAUUAUUUAUUUUUUCUUCUAGAUUUAUAUUUUUUUAUAAUGGCCAGUACGUUUGUGUUCCAUUUACGAAUGGCGAAAUAUGUGUUAUUGGUGAUAGUGUUUUAUACUGUAACCUGUCAACGUGAUGAAGAUUAUCCACAAAGGCCUGAUAGAUGUCAAGUGCCUCCAGAAGUCAUGUAUAGACAAUGUUGUAUAUUUCCACCCUUCUUCACGCGGGAUAUAGCCAAGAACUGCGGUGCUCUUUUGACGAUGAACUUCAUCCAAGGGAAUAUUACGGGAUUUACGAGGCGUACUAUUUCCAGGUGUAAGCAUUGGAGAUGCGUUUUAUCCAAAUACGACAUGCUGACACCAACAGGCCGUCUAGAUGAUGAGAAAUACUACAUACAUCUCGACAAAUGGGUGGAACUGAAUCCAAGCUUCGCUAACGCUAUGCUGAACGCUAAGGUCAACUGCAAAUUAAGUUUUCGACACGUUAUGCCCCUGGACCCGUGCGAGUUUUAUAAUUUUCAUGGAUGCAUUCGGAAUUAUAUUGAUUUGAACUGUCCUGCGUAUGUAAAUACCCCACAAUGUGCCGAAGUAAAAGAAUUUCAUGCAGAAUGUAGAGAAUUUUUCUACAAGAAAUAAAAUUGUAUUUAUUAUUCCUUU